UUAAGGAUACUAAAGGAAUUUCGAAGUUGCGAAAAUUUAUUGCGCCCUAGCAUUUAGUCUUAGUUAAGGCUUCCAACAUAGUAAAGUUAUGAUUACGGGUUCGGAAGGCCGACAAAAUCAUACACUGCUGGAUUUAAAGAAACAACAAUGGGCCAAAGAAAAAGAGGAAAUUGCCAAACUGGAUGAAAUGUUUUCUUCCGUCCAUUCAUCAUCAUCCACCCAUCAUCAUCAGAAAAUCGAACAACGCACUUCCAUACGCACAUUUUAUUCGAAUUUGGAUCUAAGCCAAACCACACGAAAAAAUUCCCGACAACAUUUAUAUCAACAAGAACAACAGCAGCAGCAACAACAACAUCACCAUAAUCAGCAACACAAUCCCCCAUUUUCACCAAAUUCCGAUUUACUAUCACCACCCGAACCUCUGGAUACCGAAAAUAUGCAUGCAUUGGUUCCCCGCAGCCAAGCAUUGAAGCCAAAGGCCAGAGGUCAUCAUGUAGUGGACUAUAUGAAUAACUACAUCGGCGAUGACGGCGACGAUAUAGGUAAUGAAGCCGAUUUCGAGGAUAUAGGUGAGGCCUAUAUACCCUUACGAAGAGGUAGCCAAUAUCAACAUGCCAAUGGACGUCCAGUCCUACUCAAUCAACGCCAUAACAGCACCAGUGAAAUGAGUCAGAUGCCGGGUCAACGUAAGUACGCAUAUGUUGAACUCAUGCCCAAUACCCUACAAACUGCCAAGGGGCGAAUGCAACGUAUACGCAGUCCCAGCCUGCCCGUAAUACGUCAUCGUGAUUAUGUGGUCUAUCAUCAACAGCAGGGCAAUAAACCUGCUGGUAAGCCAACAAAUGCCACCACACAACUUGUGAGUGUUGAUGGAGGUGUGGUUGGGGGAGGUAGUAACCAACAACAUCGACUAAACAAAUCCACCAAACAACCGCCACCGCACCAACAACAAUUUCCCCAGCAACAUCAUCAACAAUUUCCCGUUGCACCCCCACCCCUGGGUUGCCAAGAGGAAGACACCUCCGGCUAUUUAAGUGAUUCGCCGAAAAAUAUUCACACACCCAAUAUAUGGUUCAAUGACGGAGCCAGUCAGGUUGAAAGUGUUACCAGUGCCGCUGAAAGUAGUAGCCUCAUGCAAGGACACACAGCGAAUUCAGAUGUGGAGUAUGUGACGACACGCAGGGGCUCCCAACAACAACAGCAGCAACAACAACAUUUGGUGGAAUAUGACGAGGAUGGUUUGGUGGGUGUAGAUCCGGGGAAUAACUCACAAGGCAGCAAGCCAUAUCAGGGAGG